AUGUUUCGAUUCAUUUUAUUGGCAGCAUUUUACUCUAUCUUCUUUGUGCUUUCGUCUUUUGCAUUAGAACAAAAAGUAAGUUGUAAAACUUUUUUUUUUUCAGUAAUGAUAGCUUUGGAAUAAAUGUGUUCAAGUUAAGAAUGUCUUUCAGAAAUAGCUUUAUGAAAAAAAACAAGUUAGUUUAUUUUUAAAAAAACGAAAUUAAAAAAAUUUUUUUCAGAAAGUAGUUUGGCCAAUUUUUGAUUCAACUAAGCGCUAUGGUCUAUUUCACCAAAUCUAUGUAGUCCGUAUUUUUUCAAAUUUUUUUGAGCUUCGUAUUUCGAAUGAAUUUCUCAUCUUCCAUUUAACAUGUUGAAAAAGAUAAUGAAACAUCGAUAUUAAGAAAAAAACAAAUUUUUUUCUGAUCUGUUGUCAGAAAAGAUUAAUUUUGUCAAAAUGUCAAAGUGACUGAAAACACAGAAAACUCUUGAAAUUUUGAUUGGAAAAACGAUAAAAAAUGCAGAAAACAUUUCUGUUUUCAUGGGAAUCAUUUAUUGGUUGAGUUUUCAACAAGAGACUGUGAUUAGUAUGUCUAAAACCUAAAUUUGAGUGGUCCUUCGACUCGGGCGAACUUCCGAGCAAUGUAGUUGACGACCUGCCGGUUCUGCACACAGCUUUCGUGCAAACUGGCGAGGAGCUCCACUAUCUGAGCACCACGGUUCGCCCGGACUCACACAAAACUUUCAACGAGGGCGAUGCGAAAAUCAUCAAGCGACACAUAAAAAAGUUGAAGUGAGGCUUCAAAGAAAAAACUUUGGCGACUUCCGAUUUAGGGACAAAAACUAUAACGUGAAAAAGUUGGCUGGAACUGGCGAAUUGCCCCUCGAGUUUGAUCCGCCAUUUUUAUCUUUUGGAGAGAGGUUCGGAUAAAAGAAGUCUGUUUUUCGAAUAGCGUUUUCAGUCAUGUCGGGAGAGCUUCAAAACAACGCGUCUUCGUGCGCAAUGUUUUAAAAGAGUCCGUUCUUGUGGACGCUAUCAUCGCCAACUCUCUCGAGUUUCAUGUAACUUUUUUCGAUAAAAUUGUGAGUUUCCUAUGAGUCUUUUGACACUUAAUCGAUUUUCCAGAAGUUAGCACCACAAGGAACUGCGUCUUUUGAAGUCGUCUUCCUCCCACGAGAAGUUGGACUUAGAAAAACUACAUUUCUUGUCUACACAUCUUCCGCAGUUUUCACACUAGAGGUACACUAUCUUCGGUUUUAACUCCAUUGAUUCACUUUUCUUCCACUCAAGGUCUAAGCUUAUAUACAGCAAAAAGGUUUCAGGCGGCAGGCAAUUGCGUUUCGAAUCCUUAUAGAAUCCCUCCGUUCACCGGUCUCCGUGUCCCUUUGAACGGAUCUGCCGUAAAACCAUUUUUUAUCCACAACCCUCACCCUCACACUUUACGACUCACCGAGGUUUGGGAUUUCUGUAUUCGAAAGGGUAACACUUUCUGUGUUUUCUUUUUCAUUCUCACCCAAACUCUUCUCAUUCCAGAUCACCUCAUCAGGUGGCAAUGCACAUGUCGAAUUACCUCAUUUUGUUGAUGAAAAGUUUGCUGGCGAGUUGCCACAGUAUUGGGUACAGUUCUUUUGACCGAGUUUUCCAAAUCUUCUCAUUUCAGGACAUUCGAUCCUAUCAAACUAAAAAGGUAGCCAACAUUCUAAUUGUGGGUGGUAAUGAAGAAAAUUCAACUCUAUUUUUCAAAGCUUCUGCUAUUCUACUCGAAGGGAACAAGUUGGACUUUCUUUGAUUUCUGUCGAGAGACAGACAAUUUCAGGAAAAAAAUAAUAGAGGACAUCGUUUAUGCAAUACCUGUUGAAAUAUCAAGUACGCGAGGCGUUUUCGCCACGAGCGAUUUGCUCGAUUUCGGUUUAUUGAGGUUGGUUCGAAUUUAUUUUAUGAUUUUAAUCAUCAUUGGCAGGCAUGGGGAUCGAUCGAAUCCGCAAACAUUUUCUGUUUAUCAAUACCUUAUGCGAGGUCGACUUGAAUUCGAGGUAUUUUUGUAGCAAGUUCAGUUUUUUCUUUGCAAUGGAUUCGUUUUUCAGACUUUAUAUGUAGAGAAAGGCGAUCACACGGGUAUCUAUAUGGAAUUUUCGUCGCCGCCGCCGAUUCCGGUGCUGCCGGGGAAGCAUAUCACCCAGCCAGGCAACUUUCAAACUUUUCAAUUAAGAAUGAGAGACCAAAGAUUUUAAAAAAGUUGUUUAGGAAAUGUCAAGACUUUUUAGUGCUAUUCUCUAACAUCUUCGCUCAAAUAAAUAGAAAAUUACACAUAAAGAUAGUUCAUAGAAAAGAAUAUCAUCAAUAAAAAAUGAAACCAGAGCUGGAAAAUAGCUUAUUCUUCAUGUUUCGAGUGUUUAUAAAAUUUUUCUUGGAAGUUGAAAACUGACAGAAAGAUAAAUAUCCAACAAAAAAUUCAAAACGUUCCUAUCUGAAAAAAAUCCGAUUCUCUGGCAGUUUAUUCCUUCAUUUUUUUGAUUUUUAUGAUUAUAUUUUGAAUGCUUCAAUGGAUCUCUGAAGAAAAAAAAUAAUGAGAAAAAGUUCAGGCGAACCUUCGGACUUGGUCAAGGUGUUUUUCGACGCCUCUCGCGUUGAUUUCCCCGACAAAAAGCCGGGUUUAAGACAUUUUUCUGGCCACAUCAUCGCUGUUUCUCGUGGCGGCAACUAUAACGUGACGAUGCCGUUCCGCGCUUCUGUUUUCCAGGGGUCGGUAGAUGAACGAAAAUCUGAAUUGUUGAGAACCUCACACUUUGCUGUAAAUGCCAAAAAUAGAAAUAUAAGUUUUUAAAUGGUUAAUUUUUAAAGAUGAAUUGAAUUCAAAGAGUAUCAUAAAUUCUCUCUGGAUUCAAUUCAAUCAAAAACUAACUCUCAUACCUUUAUGGAAGCUUGGAAAGCUUCAUUCAGCCUCAUUUUCGUUUUUCUGUUCCGCUUCAUUCAACUUUUUGGCGUUUUCAGUGGGAUCCUGACGGUGGGAAACGACUUGGCCCUCCAGGAGAGUCUUCGGCCGCCGCACCAACGAACAGUUCGACUUCGGAAUGACCUGCCUUUCGAUGUCGUCGUUUGGAAUAUUUCAAUGUCUUCAGACGCGCAGAACUAUUUUUCAGUAUGAAAUCAUUUUAUGCGAUAUUAAUUUUCGUUUUUCUGGUAUUUGAAACCGGAAAGUAUAAAAAAAUUACAGGUUCGCUUACUCGCACCAUCAGUUAAACUGGAGAAGGGUGCAAUAAUGCCAGUUUUCGUCCUCAAAUACAACAAACGCGUGCCUGACUCUUUUGACAACGCCGUUUUUUACGUCUACACCAACGUUUCUACUUUUCGCGUAGUUAUGAACAAGUUUAGCGGGAAAAUGAAUGUGAGACGACGGCUCUUGUUUCAUUUCCAAUCAGCGUUUGUAGAUUCAACUGGCUUCUGUGGACAAGCAAAGUUUCAAUUUCGGCUACGUUGAACGUAACGACACUAGGACGAUAAGAGUUGGUGAAGGGUAUCGUCUAGAGAUCUGAGUUUUCCGAAUUCAGUUCACUGUUUGGAACGAAAACAAGGCUGAAAUGCACCUGAGAAAGUUGUCUGUCCCUUCGAGACAAGCCUAUCGACUCUACAUGGUGGGCAUCCAGAAAAAAGGAAUCAACUCGAAUGACGUCGACGAUCUGGAACGGACCGAGCAUGCCAGGGUAGGAUCUGCUUACCAACUUUGCAAAGACUGGAAUUCCAGGCGACGGAUGCGGAUAUUCCUCCAGAGAGCGGCGCCGUCUUCGAUUUGGAGCUGAAAGUGCCUAUCGACGGCACUGUCUAUGACGGGAAUCUUCUUUUCGAGACCGAAUAUGAGAGCAAACUCUUCUCUGUUACCUAUGAGGUUUCAGCCGACCCUCGGCGUCCAAUGAACGUUUGCAGGUCUCGAGCGGAACUUUGCAAUCCAUCCCUGACCACGUCUCCUUUGGACAGACCUUCCCUGCAAAACUCGUCUAUCGCACUUUACAAGUAUCUCCCUUCGAAAGAGUUUUUCUCCUUGAAGGAACAUUUCCAGGUUUUCAACUCUUUUGCUGAAGACAUGGUGGUGACAAGACUGACGACCUUGUCCCAGGAUCCCCGCUUUUUCUUCGAAUCUUUCGAUCCUUCUCAGCCUCCACUGCUACGGUCUGGCCGCCUCACCAACUUGGGUACUCUUUCGAGUUCUCGUCUAAAUCAAAUUCCCGCUUCAGGACGUGUUAUGUUCUCUCCACAACUGCCCUGCGUUCAUGAAAACUGUUAUUUGGGACUCCCACUCAAGAGUCCAGGUAAAUGGCUUUGUCUUCAAAAAUUUUUAUAGGAAAAAUAUAUUUUUAAUUUCAAUUUUUUUAAAGAAUUUGUGUGGAAUAUUUGUAUUGUGAUAAAUUAUCGAAAUUUCAAUUGAAAAAUAGAAAGAAAACUUCACAAAGUUCCAAGAAAGUCUGAUUUCCAACAAAAUUUUAACAAUCCGAUCACUUUCGUUUCACUUUGCGCAUCGUACUUCUUUUAAUCUCUUUCUGAAAUUUUUGAAAAAAUCAUCAUUAUAAUGUUUUGAACCUGAUUAAGAUUCAUCACAACUUGAUUUUAAUCACGGUAUCUUCUAUGAAAAUGAAAGAGGAUUCUUAUUACGGCUUCAAUACAGGCGAAUCGGCUUUUUCAAGCGAGUUUUAAAAAAUAAAAUCAAUGUGUUGAAUCCUGAUGUUCAGUUUUGAUUAUCUUGUUUUCUAGACGGUCAGUGGUUUGUGCACGGAUUGACGCUGCCGGCGAAUCUUGCGGAAAUCGACGCCUACCUCUACAAAAGACAGCGGAGCAAGUACGACGCCCUGGUGAAGGCUGGAAAACAUCGGGUCAACACGACAAUUAUCCUUGACACGGAUAAGGCGAAAAACAUCAAGGUGCUCCUCGAAUUCUCUUCUCGAGAAAAUGACUUAUUUGAAAGUACUUUUUUUUUCAGAAAUACCCGCUGUUUUGAAAAAAAGAAAAAAAGAAUUUUUUUCAGAUCAAAACAUCGGCCGAGUUGACGUGGCCUCGUCUUCUCACACGCAAUUCUAUCCACUUUCCGCUGACCGCUCUAGGGAAUUUCACAGUUUCUUCCGCCUUCACUUACUCCGUUUCAAUGUCUGCUUAAGAUCGUUAACCUGACUCUCAACAACCCGACGAGCUUGCCAAUCGUCGUCCAAGUGAUCCCUCUAGUGAUAUACCCGGACGCUGAAACUCUCGUCGACCUGUUCCGUCCGCACCUUCUCACUCCUCUUUCUGAACACGUUUGUCUCAGCAAAAAAAAUCUCAGCUUCAACUGGACGUCUUCAGGUGGAAAUGAACGAGACCUUGAUGUUCUCACUGAGAGACACCGAGCUGUUCACUUUGAAACGCGACUCUCCUGUGCCCAAAUUGCGGGAAGAACUCGAAUCGGCCAUUCCCCAGAAUGUUCCACGGUUCACGCUUUCUCUGAUGCUCAAACCUCACAUGAAAGUGCGACUUCGGUUGGGAUUCCUUCCCUCAGAUUACACACUUCGAUCUUCUCUGCUCCUCAUCAGGUUGAGCAAGAGUGAUCGAAAUGGAAAACGGAUCUCUCUUUAGAAACAAUUUAACGGUGAUUGAGCCUGUGGUGAUGUACGGCAAAGGCGCUCGGAUCGGAAUGAAAGUGGAGGGCGUGGAAGCUCGUUCCAAACAGCCCUUGCUCUUCGAAAUUCGCCAGGAUCAUCUCUCGGACUGCAACAAUCCUAAAAGUCAUUUUUAGAUUGAAAACACUAUUUUUCUUUUUAGAACCUGUAGGAGCUGUCUGAACGCUUUUCGGAAAAAAGGGUGGCUGCUGAAAAAAAAUAUCUAAGAAGAAAUUAUUUUUUAAUCAUUUUCUAAGAAAAAAAAUCGAGAAAAAGGAUCGCCAAGGAAUGAAAAAGGGCGAAUGUUUAUUAGCAUGCUGUAAAAUAACAAGAAAAGCGAAACUCAAGUCCGUUUAGAAAUUUUUCUGGUUUAUAUUUACUAUCAAUCUCAAUUUCCAUCGAUUUUCGAAAGCUCGUCCAGGAUGAGGCUUAAAUUUAGAACGUGGUGAAGAGAGGCGAACACCAUAGUUGGGUAUUAGAAACGAAAAUGAAGUUUAGCGUCGCAUAGAAGUUUUUUAAUGGAUCUCAUGUCUUGGUUGGAUGGAAGACGUUCAACUGAUUGAAGUUUUAUUAAGCUUUUUUUAAAGAUUCUUCAAAAGUUAGAGAUUUGAAUCAAUUGAAUAUUACUAGGAUAAAAUAUGCAAAACCCGUAAACCUCAGACGUUUUGAAUAUUGAGAAAUUGCAGGAUUGAUGCACAAGCUGCACUCGACGCUGACAGUCCGCCGCCCUUUCGCCGUUGUCAACACGGGCGAGGUGCACUUCACUGUCACCAACAUGAGCAUCAACGGCGUCCCUUGCGAGAAUCGCGGCUUCCGAAUCCUCAACUGUUACCCUUUCCGUCUGCAACCCAACGAAUCUUACUCGCUCGACAUUGCGUAACGCUUCCCUUUUUUGAAAGGUUCAAACUCUUUGUUCAGCUACACGCCGGAUUUCUUGACGACAACCAACGAGGCCGACCUGCAGUUGUACAUGCACAUGAACGGAAGCGCGUGGCUGUUUCCUCUGGCCGCCACGGUCCCCGCCGACAUGCUCGCCAAGUGUCAUCAGGCGCUGCCGAGGCCUCCCUUCGAGAACAUCAUGUACUACAGUUGCGUCACCGCCUUGAUGUAAGCUUUCGGAAUAGGAAUCUUUAUUUUCAAUGACAGAAUGUUAGCUACCAGAUCAAUACAAACUAGUGAAUAUUCUUUUAGAAAAGUUAGAUAACACAGAAAUGUAGGAAAUAUCUUUAAUCCAUAAUGAUAUUAAUGCUGCAGGAAAAAAAAGUAUUAAAUAAGAAAAUAUGUCAAAAAGAUAUAUCACCAAUGUAAACUUGUGACUAAGGUCUUUUCCGCCAGAAUUGUAGCUUUUUUUGAGGAACUAUAUGGAAAUGCACCAGGAAAUCUGAAGAAAAAAAGCAAAAAAAAAAAAAUUAAAUCAUUCAUUUUAAAAUAACUUUGGACCCAUGUUGCUUUAAAUUUGAGCAUUUUAAUCCAGUUUCGUGUAGACUGUCGGACAUUAAUGUGUUCUGAUCGCAUUCCUUUAAUCGGUGAAAUUUGAUGAAUUUUUCAAAUUACGCAACCCGUGGUACAAGAAACGACUUAGAUUCUGCCUGGUUUGUGUUCUCGCUUGUGCUUAUUUGGAAGGCGAUCGCGCCAUCGCUUGUGGAAUCCGCCAACAGUAUGCCGCGCCACGAACUGUCUUCGAUUUGAAGAACUUGAACAUGAAGGCGCACGAAACUGUCAAAACGCCAAGUUUGUUUCCUUUUUCACCCAAAUUUGAGACUGAAUCAUUCCAGAAAUGGAAUGGAAGGGAAAUACGCCAAGCGAGCUGAAGGUUUCGGACGACGCUUGGCUCGUUUCUCGGUUCCUGAUUCGCGUUGCAAACUGGGUCGUCCAGCUCGUUCAUUCGGUCUGGAAGUGGUCGCUGUUCUAUAGAGGCGAAAAGUCCGAGCCCAAAUCAGCCGGCAAGGUUUUAAUUUUAUCAAACGAAGUUUGUGAAACAACUCUUUUCAGAAGCGCAAGAAGAACUUGACACCCGUAGUUACUUCGAAAAUCGAAACGACACUCAGCAGCGAAGAAGAGCGAGAAUAUUCCAAACGAGAAGGUUUCCUUAAUUUUUUCAAAAAAAUAUUAUUGUUUUGAUUACAAGUUAUUGAGCAAUGAAAUUAAAUCGAUAGGGAUAAUUUUACUAUAACCCGGCUCAGAAGGCGAUCCAUUGUCAAAACCUUUCCCCUUGCAUUUAUUCGGAAAAUUAUUAGGACAUUUUGUAGCAACAACAUUUAGACGUGAAAUUUUAUUCAAAAAAAAACACGAAAAGAACGAAGUCAAAGUAUGAAAAAUUGAAGAAAGACUUUAAAUAUCGAUCAUAGGAGGUUUAUGGAGAUAAUUGGGAAAAAAAGGACAGAAGUCGAGCAACAUAAGAAUACCGAUUCAACCGCUUCUAAAUUUUCUAUCAACAUGAGAGGAGAGUUUGGUUAGCUUCAUAAUGUAAAAACUUGAACAGUUUUCACAGAUACACACACUGGAAACUUUAAUGCUUCAAACAACAUGCUAUAAUGAGAUCAUUCCCAAACCCUAAAGAUGCGAUCAUAAGUAUUAGUUCCAGAGAUAACUGCGAAUGUAACAGCCGCGGUGGCACCUUCUGGUAAGCCAAAAGCUCCGGAAGUAUCCGCAGCGCCUUCGAAGAAGGCCCGACAGCAACUUCGAGCGUAUGUACUUCUUUUAGUUCGUUUCACAUUAUGCCUUUCCAGUUCCAAGUCUCCAAAGUCAGCAACCUACAAGGAGGAACCCAAAAAGUCUGAAGAUCGUCUUAAUAACACCACGACGUCCAAUGUCGCCUCACAGAACAAGCCACAACCAAACCAUGUAUUUUCGUGUUUUUUUUUUCUUUUUUUCCUAUAGCUUUUAUUUAGCAACCAGUGGAAGGGCAACCGAAGAAUGAAAAACAGAACCGUCCACUGAAGGGUGAAGUGAAUGCCAAGAACAAAUCGAAACAAGCCAAGAGAGGCUCCACGGCAAAAAUAGGUAUUUUUUCUCAGGUUUCUCGUUACAAAAUUUUGUCGAAUUUCAGAAGUGCCUGCCCCGAAAACGACAACAACAGUCAAAAAUGCGGCUGCAGACUGGGUGGAGCAGAAUAAUUUCGCUGAAGAUCUGACGCCGGUCGCCGGGUCGACUUCGUUUGUUUGGUCUUCUGACAAGUACGAAGACCAAUCGGAAUGUCCGUCUUUGCCGCAAACGCCGACGCCGUCGCUCGCUUCGAGCCUUGUCAAAAUGGUUAUUUUUUCGCAGUCGGACUGAGGCUCUCAAUCUGAGUUCAGGACAACGAAUGGUCAGCAGACGGUAGGAAACAAGAUCUUGUGAACGACGACUCUGAAAGUCUGAUGAGCGAAGGCAGUGCUCCUCCAGACUGGAUCGAUGAACCUGUCUUUUUCCCGGGUUUCUUUAUUCUCCGAUGGACUUUGUAAAGUGAGGAGUUUACAGAUGACGUCGACGCGGAACUGAUCGCCCUGGCUGAGGCAACUACAGAUAUGCUCUUGAGCAAUUCUGAAGACGAAGGAGAUUUCUCACCCAUGAACUCUUUCUCGUCAUCCCAGAAGAGCAACCGACCGAGAGGCAUCGCCAAGUCUGAAGAAUCUCAUGUAGUUGUUGGGGUGUCUUCUCAAGACGAAAGAUACGUCCAGGUGGAACCUGUCAAGCUCGAUGCGAGAAGGAAGACUGUCGGAAGCGAAAAGAGCGAGCGCAAUGCCGAACUACGCAAGAAGAGCUCUGGACAGCCCGUUGAGCCUCCGUCCCAACCUGGUAGGCGAAUAAUCGAUGGUAGGAAGAAAUUUUGAGUUCCCGAAUAUUCGUGAGCGUUAAUUGUGCAUACACCAAUCUUGGAGGCUCGAAUCUUUGAAAAUUUGAAUCUUUGCAAACGAUUCUUGGGAAUAUUCACCUCUUUUCUUAUGUUUUAUAAAUUUUCCAAUGUUUUGAAGUUCAUCAUCAUCAUCAUCAAUAUUUAUUGGUUGUUUUAGUCAGAUGGUAUCGACUAGGCGGUGAAAAAAUUGCUCUUUUGAGCGGCACUAACACCGCCUUUGGCGAAAAAGAAGUCAAAACGUGUAGUCGAAUGAUUUGAAAGCAUGGUCUUACGGUCCUUCGCCUCGUUCUUCCACAAAGAGAUCCCUCAGUUUCGCUUGUACGGGCACGGCGGUGAUGGUGGGGCUCGGGCACGGAUACCGUGUACACUCUAGGGUAGCCUCGGCCGACUGAGAGAGCUACCACUUAGAGUGAAUAAAAUACACGGAAAGUUGAUGGAGGAUGUAUACAGAGUGAAUGAAAAUGUGGUAGCCGUUCUGCAGCGAAUAUUGGACUACGUGUAUGCGAGAAAGACGCAUUAUUUGAUAAAAACUUUGAAGUUGAAAAAAAUCCCACAGUGUUCAUUUGUGGUCGAAACACGGCAUCUUCACAAUAAAACGACAAAGGAAAAAAAUGUAAGAAAAAAAAGAAGGAAAUUCAAAAAAGAGAGGAAUAUUCCCAAGAAUCGUUUGCAAAGAUUCAAAUUUUCAAAGAUUCGAGCCUCCAAGAUUGGUGUAUGCACAAUUAACGCUCACGAAUAUUCGGGAACCCAAAAUUCCUUCCUACCAUCGAAUAAUCAACUACAGUUCCCAUUGAAAAGAAAUCGUGUUAAAAAAAAAUCAAAGGCAAAUUAGAUUUUCCUUUUCAAAAGUUGUUAAGCUUUUUUUCAUAUUAAAACUUCAGUAAUAUAUUUUUCUGUUCCGAUCUAAUACAGUAUGCCAUCAAAAACUAAGUUUUUGCUCAUGAAUUUUUGUGUAUAAAUUUGAAAAAUGAAAUACAAUUAGAGCUUUUUUUGAUUCAAUAAAAUUUCUUCGAAACUGGUAAUUUUAAGAAUUAAUAAUAGCUGAACUUUUUUUGCAGAAUCUGUACCUUUAUUGAUAUUUUAGAAGUGCUGCCGUUCUGGCCGAUGCUGCCUAACGUGGCGCUCUCCUCGAUGUUGGACGGCGACCAGGAACUGCUGGCCCACCAAAGAAGCAUGGCCAUGUGGCCGACCCCGAUCAGUGAUCCCAGCCUCUCCAUGAGCCACGGAGCACAGUCGACACUCGAUAAUCCACUCUACCAGAACCUCGGAAUGUCCCUCGGCCCUUCGGUCGCCGCUCCAACGCCUCCGACUACCACGUUCGGCAACACACUUUUCGCUGGCCCAGACUUCAACCUUUGGUCCAACAUUCAGUUCGAUCCGACAACAGCUUGGGCCAACUUGCGAGCUCCCAAUCAGUCCACCAACGAGGAAGAGAGCAAAAAAUAA